AUGCAACCUGUUAAAUUGUUGAAUUUAUUGUCUAUUGAACAUUUAACAUUGAAUGCGCUACGCUUUAAUGGUACAGUUAAACAAACAACAUCAAAUAAAUUGAAUAUUAAAACUGAGAAAUCAGUUGUACAAUGUGAAAAAAGUGGAAAUCAAUCUUUGAAUAAACUAGUCUACAAAGUACCAGAAUACUAUCAACAUGAUAUGUAUUGUUUUUAUGAUUAUGAAGUUGAAUUGAAAAGCUUUCGACUACCUCAACCUAAUCCUUUAUAA